CGCGGGGCGGCGGGAGCGCUGUGCCGGGCGGGCUGCUGAGGGGCCGCGCUGCCGCGAGCCGGGCUGCCACGCGCCAUGAGCGAGAGACAAGGAACUGGAGCUACAAAUGGGAAAGACAAGGCGUCUGGUGAGAAUGAUGGGCAGAAGAAGGUUCAAGAGGAAUUUGACAUAGACAUGGAUGCGCCAGAGACAGAGCGGGCAGCCGUGGCGAUACAGUCCCAGUUCAGAAAAUUCCAGAAGAAGAAAGCGGGGUCCCAGUCUUAGUACCUACCUCACAGCUUAAAACAAAGUAAUCCUGAAAUGAUUUAUCAAGAAAAUCAGAAGUAACACAAAGAUGCAUGUAAAGAAAUGAUCAAUAUUUAAAACCCCAUUGGCAGAUAACAAACCAUGAGCUUGUGUGUGACUUCAUCCCAGAUGUUUCACACCCACUAUCCUCUGUAACUCACCAUUUUACCUGAUGUUGUAAUAAAAAGUUAGGGUGAAGUA